CACAAUAUAUAUUCGCUCUGAUGUUCUCCAAACCUAAUCUUAUUUGGGUUUCCAAGAAAAAAAAAAAAAAGCCUUCAAUAGAGACUUGGUGAGUGUGCGUAAUCACCGUAUCCUUCCCUGACUUCAUUUUACUAAACUCUCCUCCUUCAAGCCCUCUUCAGUCCUCCUAAUCUCUUCAGGGUCCUCCUCCUCGGGUGGUGGCACAUGACUCUAGUGCAGCUGCCCAGAGCCUGGUAUCAAGUAUGAAGACUUUGAUCUCAGGUGUAGCCAUUCUCAUUUUUUAUCUUCGUCUAUCUGCCGUGCUUAGGCUUAGGACCCCUAAGUACUAAGUGUGUUCCAGGAGGCUGGAAUCUCAUACAAUGGAGGAAAUUUGGAGAUUAGGAUAAAGAUUUGGAGAAAGAGGCACGAGAAGCUAAAGAUGCGGGAGUUGCCUAUGCUGGCUCUUUCUUCGUGGUCAUGCGGUUUAACAGGCCCUGGGUGAAGGCUGAAGGCUGGUGUCGCAGGCAAGGAAAGUACAAGCCGGGCCCUGCCGGCUUCUCAGGACUGCGUGAGAAACAGAAGACGUAAUAAAAGCGCAAUUUCCUAUAAACUUAAAUGCCUUAAGGGUUGUCAGCAGUUUCCCCGCUCCAGGCGGCUCCUUUAAGAGGCGUUCCCUCGCCCCGCUAACAGAGGAAGUCUCCGCCCCCCGUUGCCAGGGUGCUCUGUGGCGUCGCAUUCUCAUUGGUGGGCGACGGCGGGGAUCACCCCCGAGGCAGCCAUUUCCAACUAGCUGGCGGGGGCGAAAGAUGGCGACGCCCCUCGGGUGGUCGAAGGCGGGGUCAGGAUCUGUGUGUCUCGCUUUCGAUCAACUGCGGGACGUGAUUGAGUCUCAGGAGGAACUAAUCCACCAGCUGAGGAACGUGGUACCAAGAGUAUCAUCCUGUUAUCCGCUUUUGGUCCUGGUCCCUAGAGGACGCCCCUUCUACUCCAGCCCCAGGCCCUCCCUCAGCCAGGCUCUGUUGCAGAUGGUUCUCCAGGACGAAAAUUUUGUCAGUAAAGAAGAGUUCCAGGCAGUGGAGAAGAAGCUGGUGGAAGAGAAAGCUGCCCAUGCCAAAACCAAGGUCCUCCUGGCCAAGGAAGAGGAGAAGUUACAGUUUGCCCUUGGAGAGGUAGAGGUGCUAUCCAAGCAGCUGGAGAAAGAGAAGCUGGCCUUUGAAAAAGCGCUCUCCAGUGUCAAGAGCAAAGUCCUACAGGAGUCCAGCAAGAAGGACCAGCUCAUCACCAAGUGCAAUGAGAUUGAGUCUCACAUUAUAAAGCAAGAAGAUAUACUUAAUGGCAAAGAGAAUGAGAUUAAAGAGUUGCAGCAAGUUAUCAGCCAGCAGAAACAGAUCUUCAGCCCACCACCAGCCGGCUCCGUUGCAGGAAUCACAUGUCUGACUUCCGGAUCCAGAAGCAGCAGGAGAGCUACAUGGCCCAGGUUCUGGACCAGAAGCAUAAGAAAGCCUCAGGGACGCGUCAGGCCCGCAGCCACCAGCAUCCCAGGGAAAAAUAAAACGGCCGCCGCUUUCCUGUUCUCUGGCUGUAAUCCGCAGCCUCUGCCUUCUCUGCUUUGGGAGUCCCCAGCCUCUAGCCCCUGCUACUUCCCUCCCUCUUGGGUAGUGGUAGGGGUCCACAAGGUGGGGGCUUGUAGCCAAGGGGACGAGCUGGGUCUUUGUUGUCUGGUAGGCACCACCACUUCCUUUGGGUAUUUAAUCCCUUCCUAUAUAAACAGCCCUGGUUACCCAGUAAUAUUCCACCCCACUCCCAGUGUCCUGGUGAAUUUAACUCUCCCAACUUGACUACAGGGCUGGAAGCCCUGACCAGAAACUUCAAAGACAGUGGGUUCCAGAACCACAAGGAAUUUGGGAAGUCAGUUUCCAUCACAUGACAAUAAUGUUAUACCUGCAAAUUGCAUUUG